CCCACCAGCCCGGCAUCACGAAAUAAAAGGGGCGCCAUUAGGAUUAGGGGCGCUAAUACUAUCCUAAUCAUGGAGCAGCGCAGCGCAGUUUUCAGGCAAAAGUGAGUGAGCAGAACAAGGCCACCUUCCUUAUUAUUCCUCUUGUUGUUCUUGUUCCAGCAGCAGCUCCUCUCUUCUGCCUCCCCAACGAAGUUCCAGAAAGGAAGAGAGGGAGGGCCUAGUAGGCAGCUGCUAGGUUGAACACAUAGAAGAUCAUGCCUUGUCAAACUGCAAUGGAUGCGGCAAGUGCAGGCAAGGGUGCUGCCGCCAAGAAGAAGAUGGGCAGAGGAGCUGGGAAGAAGACGACUCAGUCAUCUUGGAUGGCCAUGGGGCUGGGGUUCUACCAUUCGUCCUCCUCCGGCAAGAACAGAGCGCAGCCGGUGGCGGCGGCAGAAGGCAAGGACAUUGACAGUGACAAGAGCAGCAGCAGCAAGAAGAAGAAGAGGAGCAUCAGCAUCAGCCGGAGCAUGACCUGCGCGGGGUCCCUCUGCAGCACCAAGGAGAGCUCCGUGCUGUCCCGGGACCGCGCCGCCGGCCGCAGCGCCUCGAGCAGGUCGCUCCGGGCCCCCGACGGCGCCGACGUUGCCGACGCCGUGUACGCCGCCUCCGCCGCAGCCGUCUCCGCGACGUCGUCCUUCAACUCGGAGGCCACGGCGGCGACCUCCUCGUCGGCCACCGCCACCUCCGCGUCCUCGCCGCUCUCGUCGCCGGCGUCGUCGUCGUUCGGGAGCUCCUUCCGCGGGGUGCACCACAUCAGGAAGCUCUCCGGUUGCUACCAGUGCCACUCCGUCUUCGACCCCAGGAGCCUCGCCGCCGCCGCCGCCUUCCCGUGCGCCGACUGCGACGAGGUCUUCGCCAAGGCUGAGUCCCUCGAGCUCCACAGAUCAACCAGGCAUGCAGUUUCAGAGCUGGGGCCCGACGACACGAGCAGGAACAUCGUGGAGAUCAUCUUCCAGUCGAGCUGGCUGGGGAAGCAGGCGCCCGUGUGCAGGAUCGACAGGGUACUCAAGGUCCAGAGCAGCGACCGGACGGUGAGGAGGUUCGAGGAGUACAAGGAGAGCAUCAAGGAGAGGGCGAGCAGCGGCGAGGGGAGGAAGAACCCCCGGUGCGUCGCCGACGGCAACGAGCUCCUCCGGUUCCACUGCACCACCUUCACCUGCUCCCUCGGUGCCGGCGGCGGCACCGCCCUGUGCCGGGCGCCGCCCGCGCAGUGCAAACUGUGCAGCAUCGUCAGGGAAGGUUUCAGGGUCGAUGGCGACGGGAAGAUUGCAACAAUGGCGACGAGUGGGCGUGCCCAUGACAUGGCGCAGGUGUCGUCUGACGGCGAGAAGAAGGCGAUGCUGGUGUGCAGGGUGGUUGCUGGGAGGGUGAAGAAGGCCGCUGACAGGAAAUCUUCAGAGGACAGUGACUGUGACUCUGAAAGCCCCAGCUCAGGGGGGGUCUGCUCGGAUUUGGACGAGCUCUUCCUGUUCAACCCAAGAGCUAUACUGCCAUGCUUCGUAGUCGUAUACAGUGGCUAUUAAGUUAAAUUUAGUUAGUGUUACUUCGGCUUAGUUAAAUUUAGCUAGUGUUACUUCUGCAGUUCUGCUCUAUGUUCAACCUGUUGCAUCCUUUGUUCUUUCUGUUCAUCAGCUCAUAAAAGCGUAAUGUUCGGUUGCAAAUC